UCUCUGAAGUUGUUCACAAAAAAAAAACCUACUUGAGACUGAGAGAUGUUGAGAGAGGAAAGUUUGAGAAGUCUGCACACAGUCAUACAGGGACUGUGGAAAGCUGGUGGAGGUCUCGGACGCGUUACCUGUGGUAAGAGAAAGAAGACAAAACAGAAGAACACUUGAGUGUAUUUAACUUCACCCUUUAAAAACAAAAAAUGCUUCUCAAUUAAAGUGAACAAUGGAUGCACUGAUCUCUUCAAAGCUUUAUUUAGAAUGAGUUAUGCACAUUUGGAUUUCUUGGAACUUUGUGAAAAGGACUAAAACAUGAGAGGACUGUAUUCCAGUUCAAAUAUACUUGGCUGGAGUUUUCAAUUUUGGUUUACUAAUGAAUAAUUAUCAGUUACUGUAACUUUUUACAAUUUGGUUUCCCUUUGAGAGUGAUUCCUUGCAUCACAAUAUUUUUGGUGUGGUAGAGGAAAGGUAUUACAGUGACCAAGAAGCAGAUAAAUUACUUUUUUCUUUUUAUCCAUGUGAUUUACAAUUAAUAUUUUUCUUUGGAAUAAUUUUCCAGUGAACCCGUGACAGUCGGUAGAACGUUAUUUCUUCAAUAUUAAUUUCAUACUUUUGGCUUUUCACAAUGACUUUGGAGAAAGUCACUCAGGGAAAAACAACAGUCAGGCUUCAGAUCGGUCUGUGCCGUGAGGCCUAUCAUCUGCAUCCAUUUGAGACCAACUAUAGCACUGUGAAGAGGCUGGCUGUGGACCUUGUAGAGAAGAAGUACCCUGAAUAUGGAUUUCUGGGAGUUUCUGAAAAGAUCCAACUCUUCCGUCACAAUCUUAGUUCAGAAAAUGUCCUGGAGCGACUUCUACUCAGUAGUUCCAUCACUGAAGGAGAUUUGGUUGAAGUUGUGCUGCCAGCUUCUGUGUCCCUUGACUUCUCAAUUCGGCCUCACAUCCUCCUAGUGCACUCUUACAAAUCUCCGGCCUUCUGUGACUACUGUGGAGAAAUGUUGUUUGGCCUGGUGAGACAAGGCCUAAAAUGCCAAGGAUGCAGCCUUAAUUAUCACAAGCGUUGUGCAUUUAAGAUACCCAAUAAUUGCAGGGGGGUAAAGAGAGGUCACCUUUCCAGCCGCUCAUUUACAGGAGCAAGUUCUAUCACCAAGCAAAGAGCCGUGACAUUGCCGACUGGAGGAAGCCUGGAAGACUUAGGGGGACAUAACACAGAGCAGCAGGCUUUGUUGCAGGGUAAUAUGAAGAAGUCUCGUAUUCCCUCCUUCAGAGGACGUCCUAUAUGGAAGGAUUGGCAAGACAUGAACAGAGUGAAGGUCCCACACACUUUUCAGGUGCACACGUACACACGUCCCACCAUCUGUCAGCACUGUAGACGCCUCCUGAAGGGACUUUUCAGACAGGGCAUGCAAUGCAAAGAUUGUCGAUUUAACUGUCACAGACGGUGUGUGCCAGACGUACCAGAUGAAUGCCUGGGAGAGGUAUCCAAUACUGAUGGAGAAGAUGGAGAAAAUUUUAACCAUGAAAUUGAAGAUGAAAGUGACAAUGAGAGACCAUCCAGCCUCAGUGGAAGUGCACAGGAAGAAGAGGGCAUUUCUGUUAAGAGUACAGAAAGCACAGUUUGUCCAUGUGAGAACCCGAUGUUUGACAGUAACUUCAUCCCACUCAUGAGAGUGGUGCAGUCGGUGCGAUAUAACAAGAAGAAGAACAGCUAUGUUCUAAUGGAGGGCUGGCUUGUCCAUUUCACUAGCAAGGACAGCAUGAGGAAGAAGCAUUACUGGCAACUGGAUAGUAAAUGUAUCACCUUAUUCCAUAAUGAGACUGGUGGCAAGUUUUACAAGGAGCUGGCACUCUCUGAUAUACUUCAUAUUGAGGCAUUUGAUAAAAAAGUAAAUGGACUCACAAAGGAUGGGGAAACACCUCACUGCUUUGAGCUACUGACAGACGCCUUAGUGUAUUAUGUUGGAGAGCGGCGCCCCAGUGCACAGGCUGGUCAGAGUCGGGCAGAUUCUGGAGAUACCUGGUACAGAAUGAUCCGUCAAGCCCUGAUGGCAGGAAUGAAUGAGAGCACCACACCAAAGGAUUUAGCUCCGUCAACUAUUCCAGGGGAAUAUCUUGCACCACAGCAGAAUUUGGAUAUCAGUCACAUGUACCAGAUCUUCCCCGAUGAAGUUCUAGGCUCAGGACAAUUUGGCAUUGUGUAUGGAGGAAAGCAUCGAAAAACUGGGAGAGAUAUUGCGGUAAAGAUUAUUGAUAAACUCAGAUUUCCUAGCAGACAAGAAAGUCAGCUCAGAAAUGAGGUGGCCAUACUCCAGAACCUGCGCUUUGCUGCUGUUGUUGACCUUGAAGCUAUGUGUGAGACUCCGGAGCGGAUCUAUGUGGUGAUGGAGAAGCUACAUGGUGACAUGUUGGAAAUGAUCCUGUCCAGUGACAAGGGCAGACUUCCUGAAAGGAUCACCAGGUUUAUUGUAACUCAGAUAUUGAUGGCCCUGCGGCACCUUCAUUCUAAGAAUAUUGUACACUGUGACCUCAAACCAGAAAAUGUCCUUUUGGCAACGGAAGAUGCAUUCCCACAAAUAAAACUUUGUGAUUUCGGCUUUGCUCGCAUUAUCGGUGAAAAGUCUUUCCGGAGGUCAGUCGUUGGGACUCCUGCUUACUUGGCUCCUGAAGUUUUGAGGAACAGUGGCUACAAUCGUUCCCUGGACAUGUGGUCAGUUGGUGUGAUCAUCUAUGUCAGCCUUAGUGGCACCUUUCCCUUUAACGAGGAUGAAGAUAUAAAUGAUCAGAUCCGGAAUGCAGCUUUUAUGUUUCCAAAGAACCCAUGGAAUGAGAUUUCAAAUGAUGCAAUUGCCCUUAUUAGCAGUUUGUUACAAGUUCAAAUCAGAAGAAGAUUCAGCGUUGACAAGGCUUUGAGUCACCCAUGGAUGCAGGACUUUCAGACUUGGCUGGACCUACGGGAGUUGGAGACCAGAGUUGGACAACGAUACAUCACCCAUGAAAGUGAUGAUGCACGUUGGCAGAGAUUUGCAGGACAAUGUGGCAUUGAAUACCCUCAGCACUUUGUCAUGGGACCUCAAUAUGAUGAAACUGAAGAAGAAGAUGAAGAGUAAAAGUUAAUUUUAACCUUACAAGUGCAGACUGCUGUUUGGCUGCCCAAAGACAUUGCACUGCAGGCAAUACAUUAAGAACUUAGUAAACAACAAUUUCAUAUCUCUAAGGCUCAAAGAAGUGCAAUGAAGUCUUGAUAAACAAUGAGUAGUGGAAAGCAAGAAGAUCCAUCUGAUGUUUGUGCAAUAACAAGAAAAAGAAGUGUUCAUAUGUUUAUAUAUGUGAUAUGUUUAUAUAUAUAUAUAUAUAUUUCGUAUAUGGCAAAAAGCGUAAGGAUUAUCCAUGUACAAUCCUAUUAUCUGCCCCUCUUUGUAGCAUAACAGGUUUAUAUUCAUUACAACUGGUUUCAAAGUGUAGACCCAAGAAAUAAUCCAGUCAUAAUCACAUUUUCCUGGCCUGUUCUACUUAUUAGCUAUAUUUUAUUUUUCUUUAAAAAACUGAAAGUGAUAUUUUGUGUUUACGCUCAUGAACAAGAGAGUAUUUAUCUUU